UCACAUCUCAAUCACAUCUUCUGACGUUAAAAAACUAACUCCCGGCCAAAAUUUCAGUUGGAACUUGGAAGACCGAGGAGAAAGAAACCCUCUAAUAAAAGAAGGAAAACCCCAUUUCCCCCUAACCUCAAACGGUGACGCUAUUUCGAAUUUUCAUCUCAAUUCUACUCCAAUUCCUGAUGAAGAACCAACACUCCCUUUAGAAUCUCUUAACUAAAUCCCUCGUCUCCUACUCUCCGGCCUCAGUGUUUUAAGCCAGAAAUCGGGCACGGUUUUACUUUUUACCGGCGACCAACGAACAGAAUUGGAGGAAGAAAAAUGGCGGUGAAGCUAAGGUUGUCAAGAUGUGGGUGUAGAAACCGGCCCUUCUACCGGGUAACGGCCGCCGAUAGCAAAUCUCUUCGUGACGGCAAGCAUUUGGAAGUUCUGGGCUUUUACAACCCUCUUCCAGGUAAGGAUGAGCAAAAGCAGAUGGGGCUUAAGGUUGACAGAGUGAAGUAUUGGCUAUCUGUCGGUGCACAGCCUUCAGACCCGGUUCAGCGUCUUCUUUUCAGAUCAGGGUUGUUACCCCCUCCAUUAAUGACUGCAAUGGGACGGAAAGGAGGACCAAGGGAAAUGCAUCCAAUUGAUCCAAUGACGGGACGGUUUUUAACACCAGAGACCUCAAAGAAAGUUAAUCUUGAGUUCGAGAUUAGUCCAGAUGAAGAUGAAAGUGCAAACAGCACAGGAACUAGCUACCUAUCUCUGAGCUUCUGAUGUCCUUUGAAUCACCCCUUUAUCUUAUGUACUGUGGUUUCGUAAUAACAAGAAGGAUGCCUCACUAACUGCCUGUUUGUACAUGAGAAUUGCAAGCUUAGAUGUUAUAAUGCUCCUUUUGACUUGUGUAAUUUCAUGGAAAAGCUAAAAAGUUCCAGUUCAUACGGAGUAUUUGCUUAGACUGAAACUGUGGAGUAUGGACGUACGAACUGCUUGCUGUUCUAGAACCAUGAACUUCGAAUACGCUAGGAACUCAGCUGGCCAAUUGCCUAUUGGCCAUCGUUUGACAUUAUUAUCCUCCAAUUGGGCUGUUCAGGAACCAUUAGGCUCAAACAAUUUCCAUGCUCAUUUACAUUCCAAAGCUCAUUUCCAAUCGGCCUGAUGUGCAGGACUAAUGUGGCACUAUUUUCGUCCCAAAAUAAAUUUGAAACAUAAUUUGGAACAAACUGAAUAAAUUAUUUUUGGAAAGCAGGAUAUACAUAAAAUAUGGUGAUUAUUUAGAAAUAAAGAGAGUACUCAUGAUCCUGGUGGUGGUUGUAAUUCGAGCCCAUGGGCGGAAUCCAAAAACAGAAAAAAAAAAAAACAAAAAAACAAAAAAAAAAGUCCCACAUAAUCUGAACUUGAUUUGUUUGCAAAAAUGGAUGGUGUCGAUAUACUAUUCUUUACGGGAAAGAACUUGCAUAGGCCCUGAGAAUGUGCACCAACUACAGUUUUAUGUACUCGUGAGCAGCACUUGAGAACAUUGAGCAGCACUUGAGAACAUUAAACAAACAACAAAUCCAACGUUGAUAGAAUCUCAUAAACUCCUGA